CCGGGAGAAAUUAUCGUGUUUUCUUCGCUUUUAGUUGAAAAGCAGCGGGUGCAAAUGUCCAGCUGAGGAUUGGAAAUCCUGAAAACUGCGGGGCCUGUUUUUGUAAUGAUUGAUCUAUGCUUCGACAAUGGCGCUAAAGGCACAAGUUUUAUAUGACUUCACUGCUGAGCCUGGAAACAACGAGCUGACAGUGAAAGAAGGCGAGACAGUCACGAUCACCAAUCAGAAUAUUGGAGGCGGCUGGAUUGAAGCACAGAACUCAAGAGGGGAUGUUGGACUGGUGCCAGAAGACUACAUCGAGUUCGGUAAGCCAUUUCCAUCGCUCCCAGGAGCAGGAACCACUGCGCCUACUCCAAGUGUAGGAAAUGUUGCAUCUCCGGACCUGUCCAUCUUUGAUGCCUAUGCUCCCCCAUCAGUACCUGCACAAAACCAGGUGGAUGCUGGGGGCUUAAGUCCCCAGCCGGACACCCCCGACACCCCAGUUUCCCCCUACCUUUCGUCCCCUGAUGAGGCUAGUAACGGUAAUGAUCCCUGGUCUGUGUGGAACGCUGACCCCUCGGGGGGCUCCAACAACAACUGGGCGUCCAAUCCAGAGGGCACCCAGACUGGGAAGAGUGCUGCUGACCCCUGGGGCUCCGUAUCACACGGCCACCCUCAGGCUUACCAGGGCCCAGGAGCAGAGGAUGAUGAGUGGGAUGAUGAGUGGGAUGACAUGAAGUCCACUGGAGGUUACGGCGAGUCAGAAUCUGGAGACAGUGGAGCAAUACAGAGAGGAGGAGCUCAUGCAUCUACAAUGAAAAUCUCCCUCAACAACAGGUUUCCUGGGUUCUCCAAGUCUGGUCCAGAGCUCUACCUCUUAUGCAAGCAGUUUGCUAAGGGCAGUCAGAAGCUACCAAUCUAUGUGGGAGAAGUCGGUCCAGUGUGGUCUUACCCAGAAACUCAGCUAGACUGUGUUGUGGCUGAUCCCAAGAAAGGCUCAAAGAUGUACGGCCUCAAGAGCUACAUCGAGUACCAAAUCACACCCAGCACAACAAACCGACCAGUCAAUCAUAGAUACAAGCACUUUGAUUGGCUGUAUGAGAGGCUGCUAGACAAAUUCGGGUCAGCCAUCCCCAUCCCCUCUUUGCCAGACAAGCAGGUGACAGGGCGAUUUGAGGAAGAGUUUAUUAAGAUGCGUAUGGAGCGGUUGCAGGGCUGGAUGACCAGGAUGUGCAGGCACCCAGUUGUUUCCAGCAGUGAAGUAUUCCAGAUUUUCCUCACCUACAAGGAUGAGAAGGACUGGAAGAUGGGGAAGAGAAAAGCAGAGAAAGAUGAGACGGUGGGAGUGAUGAUCUUCUCCACGAUAGAGCCUGAAGCUCCGGACCUGGAUCCUGUGGAAGUGGAACAGAAAUGCGAGCAGUUCAGCAGGUUUACCAAAGCCAUGGAUGACGGGGUAAAGGAAAUCCUCACAGUGGGCCACGAGCACUGGAAGAGAUGUACAGGCCCUUUGCCAAAAGAGUACCAGAGAAUCGGCAAAGCCUUCCAAAACCUCUCCUCUGUCUUCACCAGCAGUGGAUACCAAGGCGAGUCAACACUGACUGAUGCCAUGACAGCAGCAGGCAAGACAUAUGAGGAGAUAGCUCAGAUGGUGGCAGAACAGCCCAAGAAAGACCUUCACUUCGUCAUGGAGACCAACAAUGAAUAUAAAGGUCUUCUGGGAUGCUUCCCAGACACCAUUGGAGUCCAUAAGGCAGCCAUAGACAAGGUGAAAGAGGCUGACAAGCUGGUGGCCACCAAUAAAAUUACCCCUCAGGACAAACUCACCAUGGCUAAACGAGUCAGCACCAUGUCUUACACAUUACAAGCUGAGAUGAACCACUUCCAUAGCAACCGUAUCUAUGACUACAACAGGGUCAUGCAGUUGUACUUGGAAGAGCAAGUCAAGUUUUACGAGACGAUUGCUGCAAAACUGAGACAAGCACACAGUCAGUUCACUACAAUGUGAAAGCAACAGUCUCGCACUACAAGACAAGAAGAGUUAAACCAGCUCAACAUCCAAAAUAUUCUUGCUUAUUCUACAUUCUUUUCCCUCCCUUUAAUUUAAAUUUCACUUCUCUCUUUCUCUUGCUCUUACCUCAUCUCUUCCUUUACUGCUCAUGCCAACAGUCCCAGCUCGUGGUUUUACUCUCGUCCGCUGUUCUCAGAAGUUUAUGAACAGUUAAUGAGCAUGUGCAGCAGCUGAAAAGGCUUUGACACCUGUGGGGUUUUUUAGGGCCAGCAAUGAUAGCAGAACAAGACAGACUAUUUACACACACUCUUUCCUCUGUCCAAGGUCCGCAACUUGUGCGACAGGAAGUAAAAUCCAAGUCACAGUUUGGGGUUUGACUCAAGCAAUGUAGCAAUUCAUGACCACAGAGGUUCUCUAACAUGACACAAAUCUAAGUUUUGUACAACAUGCCUGUGCUCACAUUUUAUCUACCUAUUUUAAAGUAAUACACUGCAGUUUUUCCUUCAUUUUUCCAUGUUAAAAAUGGUAAAGGAUUUACACUUGUUGCAAAACUAUUGUCUGCACAGUGAUGUAGUGAUGUACUGACACCGAAAACCAAAGCCAUCCUCCCCUCUGUCAACAGGGACAGUAGUGGAGUUGAUUUCUGAAUGCAGCAUUGACAACAAAUCAGAGCCUAUUUUAAUUAUUUGUGCCUCUUAUUAGUACUGUUAAUAUUUGAGAGUCCUAACAUCUUCUGUAAAAGUAGUGGAGCAUCCCGUUAUGAAUCCAAGCCUUGGAAGAGUUGGCAAAGGCAGAGUGUGUGUUCUCUGUAUGUCCACUUCUGGCAGUCCCUAGCCCCCUUUCAUCCUGCACUUCCUCAAAUGCUAACAGGAAGCUCCACCUCCUUCCUGUCUUGCUCACGUGCUUUGCCCUUUUGAGGAAAAUAGAAAUGGUUGCCUUAGUAGUUACCCCCCCAGCCUUCGUACCAUGACACUGUAGUUUACAUUUAAGGAGAGAAGACAAAAUGUGGGAUAAAGGAUACUCAAGUUGGGGUGUUUAUUAUUUUAAGAGAUUAAAGCCAAAAGUCAGUGAAUUAAUACCUCCCUGCAGGCGGUGCCAAACAUGAUUUCUCUCUCCCAGUUCUCCUGAAAGAAUGUGUCCUUUUUUGACCAGAUUACAGUGUUUUAUAUGAAAGUGUAACAGCAAUGUUAACUGUAAGAGUUUGGGAUGGAGUCAUUGAUUAUGUCAUGUAUGCAGUUUUGCUUUUGCUUUUCACCACCCAGUUUUCAAUCAGUCUCUAAUCUUGUUCACUCUGUUUUCUUAUCACGUGAUACAUGAAAAAUAUUCAUAAAUAUUCAUAUUCAUAUCUAUAUAUAUAUAUAUAUAUAUAUAUAUAUAUAUAUAUAUAUAUAUAUAUAUAUAUAUAUCUCCACACACUAUCGGACCUAUCAGGUGCUUCUUGUCAUUGAGAUACUAUUUUAUGUAUAGAGGUAUUUGCAAUACAGUGUAACUCAAAGAGGAGCAGAAAUUCUGUUUGAUUUAUUAAACAAUGAUUUGUACUCA